AUCGAGGGCGCAUGUUCCGUGACCCAACAACCGGCAAAAUAAGGCAGGUCAACCAUAUUAACCCCAUCUCCGGCAUUUGGAGGCGUCGAUCUCCUCAAUUGAAUAUUACCACGAAUCAUAAGGCCAGCUGCCAAGUCACCAUAUUGCCAAGGCACCUCGGCGAUUCGUUUCACUUCCAGCUAUCCACCUUGGGUGCGGUGACGAAACAACAGGGUAGGGUGUUAUGGGAUAAUGCUUUGCGCAUGGAUUACCACGCAUUCUUGGAUCGUACCAUGCAGUGCCAUUCGCCUCCAGGACGAGGAUCCGAAGACCAUUUAAUCUGGGGGAGCGUGCAUAGUUCUAUGGCCGCAACAUGCCAGAACAACAGGCAAAAGCCCACCGGGAGAAGGGGAGGUGGCGCUGUGCACAGAUACACAGAUAUAAGUAUUCAUCUAGGCAGUUUCCUAUCCCCGAUCUGCCUCGCUUGGUCUCCUUGAAUCGUCCUUCUCGGUUAAACAAGCUUGAAAUUCCACAGCUAGUAUAGGUUUCCAAGAUGGUUCGCACCUUAACCACUGCCCUCCUGCUGGGCUCCUCCUGCUGGGCUCUCCCCUAUAGCGGAGAGAUCUACGAGCGACAGAAUACAACUUGUGUCGUUAAGGACAGCUAUCCUACGGUCAACGUUGCUAAACUACCUGAUCCUUUCACCUUCGCCGAUGGCAGCAAGGUCUCUACCCAGGACGAGUGGAAAUGCCGCCAGGCGGAGAUAAGCAAGCAGCUACAACAAUACGAGCUGGGCGACUACCCGCCGCCACCGGAUAAGGUCGAGGCCACGAUGUCCGGCAGCUCCAUCUCGGUCAAGAUCACCGUCGGUAGCAAGAGCGCCACUAUCACCUCGAGCAUAACGAAGGGCAGCAGCGCCGCACCGGGCCCGGCCGUCAUAUCCAUCGGCGGCUCUUCACUGCCCAUCCCGGGUACGGUUGGCAGAAUCAACUUCGGUAACGACCAAUGGGCUGGUCAGAGCAAUGCCCGUGGCCAGGGUGCUUUCUACACCCUGUUCGGCAACACACACUCCGCUGGUGCCCUGACUGCUUGGGCCUGGGGCGUAGACCGUCUUAUCGACGGCCUUGAGCAGCUAGGCUCUGCCAAGACUGGCAUCGACACGACGCGCUUGGCAACGACAGGCUGCUCGCGCAAUGGCAAGGGCGCCUUCGUAGUCGGUGCUUUAGUUCAGCGUAUCGCUCUCACGCUACCUCAGGAGUCCGGCUCGGGUGGUGCCGCUUGCUGGCGUAUCUCCGACUCGGAGGAACAGCGCGGCCAAACUAUCCAGACGGCACACCAAAUUGUGGGUGAGAAUGUGUGGUUCAGCAAGCGCCUUGACACAUACGUUCGCUCGGUCCCGACGAUGCCCGUCGACCACCACUUCCUGGCAGCUCUCGUGGCGCCUCGUGGUCUGUUCGUCAUUGAGAACGACAUCAACUGGCUCGGCCCCGUUUCCACAACUGGCUGCAUGAAGGCAGGUCGUCUGGCCUACAAGGGCGCCGGUGUUCCCAACAACAUGGGCUUCUCGCUCGUCGGCGGCCACCAACACUGCCAGUUCCCGUCCUCGCAGCAGGCCGACCUCACCUCUUUCAUCAACUACUUCCUUCUCAAGGGCACCACCGCCCCUAGCGCCGUCGAGAAGAGCUCCUCCAACGUUAACGUGGCUGAUUGGGCUGCGUGGAACAUCCCUUCGCUCACGGCGUAAGAUGGAACGGUUAGCACCUCUUCUUCAUCGUCUUGUUAGCGCUUUAUAGUACGCCUGCCGAGAAAUACUGAGCAUAAUUGGUCUCGAUCACAUAUUUCCAUUUGUAAAUAUCAAUGAGAGAUAUAAAAUCAAUAGGCAAGCGAAUAAAAAGGCACAUUCGUCCACAAC